AUGCCGCCCGUUAAUAUUGGCAUUCACUUCCCCGGGAUUGGAUACCUGUCGCGUCUAAAACUUCGCCCUGACAUUGCUCGAAGAAUGCUGCUUGAAGCACAUAAAUGGACCAGCAAAGAGGCACUGAAAGAUGGGGUUGUUGACCAAAUAGCAGAACCUGAAGACAUGCUGAAUGUAGCGAUCGAAGUCGCGCGAAAAUGGGCACCUAAGGCGAAGAUGGGAGUGUAUUCCAUACUACGACAGGAAUUAUGGGGCGAAGCUGCUCGGAAGUUCCAGAGCAUCAGCUACGUUCAUCAACGUAGGACUAUUUUGCCGCCCAAAGUGAAAAUUUGA